CACGGCUUGCAGGUGGCCAUCAAGCGCGUGGCCCGGGACACGGUCCUGCACUGGGACGAGCUGCCCGACGGCACCUGUGUUCCGAGGGAGAUCGUGCUCAUGAAGAUGGUGGGCUUCGGCUGCCACAGAAUCAUCCAGCUCCUGGACUGGUUCGAGCUGCCCGACAGCUUCGUUCUGGUUCUGGAGCGUCCGGAGCAGUCUCGGGAUCUCUUGCGCGUCCUGGUGGAGCAAGAGUUCCUGAGCGAGGAGGCGGCUCGCCGGCUUUUCUGGCAGGUGCUGGAGGCCGUAUGGCACUGCACCGCCUGCGGCGUCCUGCACCGGGACAUCAAGCCGGAGAACCUCCUCGUGAACCCGGAGACUGGCGAGCUGAAGCUCAUCGACUUCGGCUGCGGCACCUUCCUCCAGGAGCGGGCCUACACAGAGUUUGCCGGAACACGCUCGUACUGCCCGCCCGAGUGGAUCGGCCUUCGCUGCUACCACGGCGAUGGGGCGACCAUCUGGUCCCUGGGCGUGCUGCUCUUCGAAAUGGUGUGCGGGUUCCUGCCAUUCGAAAGCGAGCGUGAGAUCGUGUUGAGGCAGCUCAUCUUCCCGCAGGAGAUCUCUCCAGAGUGUCAACAUCUGAUCCAGUGGUGUUUGUCCAAGCACCCCAUGGAUCGGCCAGUGCUGGAGCAGAUCUUCUAUCACCCUUGGGUGUUGGGCGGGCAUUUCUGAUGCCUUGCCACAGCCUCUGCAGCACCCAGUUCCCAUGUCCCACACAGGACUGUGGGCUGAGAAAUAAAACAACCCGAAAGCCACUGUGGGCUGUCAAGUCUGGUCCUUGUUAGCAAGUUCAGCCAAGGGAACCUCUUGGGAAAAGGGAUAAUCAGAGCGUUCCCUUCAGCCUCUCUCCAUUCUGGGACUGUGUGUUCUGCUCAAACACUCAACGGACCCCAACAGCUGCUAAUGCCAAAACUACCUGAGAAUUUAUGGAUAAAUAAAUUCCUGGCAACCACCACCACAGAAGGAAGGAAAAUGGGUCCAUACAAGGGACUGACAGAGGUUGAGGUUGGAAAGGAGGACAUCAAGGGUUCCGUACUUCACAAGCACUCUUCUUGGAUUAAGGCUGUUUUCCAUUCCAGAUGGAUUCAUACCUCAGCUUUUUAUCAGGGAAUAAAUAAAAUACUGAGAGCAGAUAAUUGCUGGUUCAUUGGGAAUGUAGUGUCCUGCUGAGGUAACAUCACUGCCAUCAAAGCACAUCCAGCCCGACAUGGUCAGUGAGAAGUCCCAGGUCAAUAAAUGCCCCUGGAGGUCAUUUAGGAUCUUGCUGGGGACUUGGUUUGGGAAUGGAUUCAUACAGGGAACUGAACCCCCUGGGGGUUUGCAGGGCAAACCAGCAUCCCUGGGAUACAGAGCCAGCUCCUUUCCCACUUUACCUGACCCCUCUGCUGCAAAUCCAGCUGCACAUCCUCCUCCUCACAGCCAGAACAUGCUUUUGUUCCCAGGGGGAGUUUUUCUGGAAGCCUGAUAGUCCCAGGAACUGUAGAGGGGCUUGAAGCCAUUCUCUAUCUGAUGGAGUAUCCAAGUGCCAGGACAUCCUCAGCCCCAUGGAUCCUCAGGGCUCCUGCAUGUCCCAGAGCAGGAGGGCAUUAUCCUGGUAGGAAAAGCAGUGCCUUUGUUCCCCUCAGACCUCAGCUCUGCUGCUGGGGUGCUCAUUGCACCAAGUGCUUGACAUUAAGCCUCUUUCUCUAUUUCCAACAUCUUGGAAAUGUUUUACCAACAGCUGGUUACAGUUUUAAGACUGGGUAUUACGAAGUACCUUACUCCCAGCCUGGGCCUCUGAGUAUUCCAGUUCCAUGCAAGUAUUGGGAGAAAAUGAGCAUUAAAAUUAUCCAUGUGGAAGUUCUCCCCCUCUUUUCCAAGCCAGUCCCAGUUCCUGCUCCUGCCAUGGAUGCUCUGGAUCUGCCUCUGAGAGCGAUGGGAACCUGGGAGAGCAGGACGGAUGGAGAGGCCACUGGGGAUGGAGCCAGGGUAUGUCAAGCUGCUCACGAGGGUCUGAAUCUCCAGAGGACCCACAAACACAUGGACAUGAUUUGGAGUUGGGAAUAUUGGAUCCAGCCACUGUGGAUGUGGCACUUGAGGAAAUGGUGAGUGCUGGCCAUGGCAGUGCUGGAGGAACUGCUGGACUUGAUGCUCAGAGGACUUUUCCAGCCCAAAGAAUUCCAUGAUUCUGUGAGCUGCCACAGCUCCCUGCCUGAGGGCACUGCUCCUGCACUGCUCUCUGGAGCAUCAGGAUAUAAUUAUUGUAAAAGAUUUAAUUAUGGUGACUGCAGCUGGGUAGGGUCCAGCUUUCUGCCAAUCUGUGUGUGGUCACUCCAGGCACGGAACACUCAGGAAAAGCGUCUCCUAUUUACUGAGGAUAAAACAACUGAUUCUCUUGAGGAAACACGAUAAUUCUUGGUGUCCAGGAAAGUUGCACUGAGUUGGAAAAACAGACCAACCCCCUGUG